AUGCUUACCUUCAAGAAAGCCCUUGUGCUUUCCCUGGCUUGUUUGACGCUAUUCUUCAUCUUCAAGUCGCAGCACCACGGUAGCACAGCUCCCAACUUCCGCAAUGCAAAGGAAAUGCCCAGGCCGACCGCCUGGGUGAACCCAUCCGACAGGGAGCGCGCGAAGCUCAAGGAGAAGGAGUCGAAAGAGGCGCAGAAGGCCGCAGAGAAGACCGCAGCGAAGGCGGAAAAGACCUUCGAUACGCCCGAUGCGCCAGCGCCCAAAAAGCCCAAAACCCAAAUCAGCAUGGACGAGCUGAGGAAGCGCCCACUCAAGGAACAGCUCGAAUACCAGUUCCCUUAUGAUGUCGACGCGAAGACGCCCGCAUACAUUUGGCAGACAUGGAAGUACACACCGGCACAGGGCGAGUUUGAGGAGAUGUUCCGCGAGCCAGAGGCCAGCUGGAGCAUCCACCACCCGUCUUUCGUCCAUGAGGUCAUCACCGAUAAUGUCGCAGUACACCUGAUCAGACAUCUAUAUUCUUCUGUUCCUGACGUCAUUGAAGCCUACAACGCUCUCCCUGUCCCCGUGCUGAAAGCCGAUUUUUUCCGCUACCUUAUCCUCCUUGCCCGUGGCGGCAUCUACUCGGAUAUCGACACUUCGGCAUUGAAGCCUGCGUCGGAUUGGAUACCCUCUGACGUACCCGCGAACACCUACGGAAUGGUCAUCGGCAUCGAGGCUGACCCAGAUCGCCCGGACUGGGCCCAGUGGUACUCCCGCCGCGUCCAAUUCUGCCAGUGGACUAUUCAGUCGAAGCCUGGCCAUCCCGUGCUUGUUGAUGUUGUUACAAACAUCACCCAGGAGACACUUAAUCGCAAGCACGCGGGCAAGCUCAGCAAAGACUACAAAGGCAUCAUCGAGUUUACCGGGCCCGCUGUCUGGACCGAUACCAUCUUCGACUACUUCAACAACCCCGACUACUUCGAUAUGAGCACAAGCAAGGGUAACAUUACAUGGGAAAACUUUACCGGCAUGAAGGCGCCCAAGAAGGUUGGUGAUGUUAUUGUCUUGCCCAUCACAAGCUUCAGCCCCGGCAUUAAGACCAUGGGUGCUGGCGAGGAUGACGACCCAAUGGCCUAUGUGAAACACAACUUUGAAGGUACCUGGAAGCCUGAGAGCGAGCGCCACAUCGGCAAGACAUACAACUGA